AUGAGCAACGUCAGCAUGUCUUCCCAAGAGUUGAAGGAACUAGGAAACAAAACCUAUAAGGAAAAAGGUUACGAACAAGCUGUCCACUAUUUCACAAGUGCGCUGUCACAACCAUCCACUAAUAAGCAUAUCUUGUACUCAAAUAGAGCCGCUGCUCAUAUUGGUUUGAAACACUAUGCUGAAGCAUUAGAAGAUGGGAAAAAUUGUGUCGAGUUGGCCCCCAAUUGGGAUAAGGGAUAUUCCAGAGUAGGAGUUGCAUAUUUGGGUUUGCAGAAACUGGAUGAAGCAGAGGAAAACUUUAAGAAGGCCCUACAAUUGAAUGAGCAGAACGUUCAUGCUAAGAAGGAAUUAGCUUACGUGAAGUACCUACAAAUUCAACGUAAGAAAGCGGCCCAGAAACCUAAAACCGCUGAACCAAAGAAGAAGACACCUGAACCAAAGAAAAAAACCAGAAAGUCAAAAAAGAAAACUUCUGAACAGGAGAACAAGCCAUUUGUGACAAAAAUAAACGCCUCACCACCAAAGGAACAUGGUAUUUAUACAUAUACUUUGGAGGACUUGUUCACACGUCCAAAUAUUCUUGAAGAAUUGGAUUCUGACCCUUCCACAAAGGAAAUGAUGACGGAUCCAGUUCUCAGAAAUAAGAUUGCGAACUACAAUGAGAGUUCGAGUGCUUUCAAUGAUGAUGAUCCACGAAUGGCGAUUAUUAUGCAAACUCUUGGUAAACUCAGCUUGAAGGAGAGAAAAGCUAAUGGUGAAGCUCCUGAAAUGUCCUUCACAGAACCAGAUAUGAAUGAGGACAUAAGGAAACAUGUCAGAUCUCAAAUGAAGGAAAAAAGCCAGCAAAAACUAUCACCUGAAGAGACUGAGAAAAAAAGACGUGCUGACGAAGAAAAAAGAAUCGGUAAUGACUUGUAUAAGAAGCGCAAUUUCAAAGAGGCUAUUAUCCAUUACACAAAGGCAUGGAAUACUUUCCAAGAUAUUACUUAUUUAAAUAAUAUUGGGGCAGCCCAAUUUGAAAGAGGUGAUUAUGGUAACGUUCUCAAGUCCUUGGGCCAAGCUGUCUUCUUUGCCGAACACACUAAUCCUGAACCUCAAGUGUUGGCAAAGUCAUAUAUUCGUAUGGGUAAUGCCUAUCAUAGAAUAUGGGAUCAUGAGCAUGCAAUCACCGCUUAUGAAUAUGGAUUAAUGCUAAAUGGUAAUGAGGAGCAUAAAAAGAAAUUGGCAAGCCUACGUGUUGAAUUUGAAAAGGUAAAGAAGGGGGAAUUUAUAGAUCUACAGAAGUUUGAAGAAGCUCGUAUUGAAGGGAAGCAACAUUUUCUUAACAGAGAAUAUUUUAAAGCUAUGAAGUGCUACACCGAAAUGAUAAAAACCAAUCCUACCAGCCCCGUUGGUUGGUGCAAUAGAGCUGCAGUCUUCGAAAAAUUAUUGACUUGUCCACAGGUGAUCGAUGAUUGUGAUAAAGCAAUCAGCGUUGAUCCGUCAUAUAUAAAGGCGUAUGUCAGAAAGGGAUUUGCCCAAAUUACUGAAAGAGAUUUGGAUGAAGCCCUGGAGACAUGGGAGAGCGGGGAUGCGGCCAAUAAGAAGUACCAUGGUAAUGAGAAGAACGAACUGCUAGAAUCGCUCCAUAGUAAAGUCUUAUUUGAAAUUCACAGGCCAAAAAGACAGGGGACUAGGGAAGAGAUUAGGGCUAAGGCGAUGCAAGUUCCUGAAGUGGUCGAGGCUCUUAAUGACCCAGUUUUAAAAGAUCUUCUAAUGCAAAGCCAAACAAAUCCUUCUGCUUUGGAAGAACACAUGGAUAAUGCAGACAUCAUGAAUAAGAUGCAGACCUUGAUGAGACAUGGUGUGAUUGGAGAUUGGUAG